UAUCCAUUAACUUAUUUAAUUGUUUUUAUUUGCUAAAUACAUUAGCAAUUAAUAUUAAUAAUGAUUAUAAUAAUCAAACAAUUGAUGACUUAUCGGGCGAUAGUUUUAUCUAUAUAUGCGGCGGAUAUGAUGGGACAACACGUUUGACUGUAUGUUAUAAAUAUGAUAAGCAAACAAAUGUUUGGCAACCAAUACAAUCCAUGUCCACUAAACGCCAAGUGUUUAGUUUGAUUUCAAUUGAUUCAAAAUUGUAUGCAAUCGGCGGUUGGGAUGGUAAUUAUUUGAAUAGUGUUGAAACAUACGAUACGCAAACAAAUCAAUGGAAACCAAUAGCAUCGAUGAAUCAAUUACGCGGUUACAAUGAUGCAACUGUAAUAGAUAAUACAAUUUAUAUAUGUGGUGGUCGAAAUAACAAUAUUUCCAAAUCAUGUGAAUAUUAUUUACCAAAUACUGAUGAAUGGUCUUUUACGACACCAAUGAUUGAGGAAAGGUAUGGUCUGGCACUGGUAUCACACGAUGGGCUUAUGUAUGCUAUCGGCGGUAAAAGUGGUAAUGAAAUUGUAGAUACAAUGGAAAGAUUGGAUACAACUACACAACAAUGGCAACCAAUGAAACAUAUGAGAUAUCCAAGAUAUUUAUUUGGUUCAGCAUCAUUUAUGGGUAAAAUAUAUGUUUGCGGGGGUGUAGGUUAUAAUGAUUGGAAAUCAUGCGAAACAUAUGAUCCCAAAACAAAUAAAUGGACAGUAAUUGCACCAAUGCUUUCAACUAGAUAUCAAUUUAAAUUGAUUGCAUUCAAUGAUAAAUUAUAUGCAUUGGGUGGCUAUACAAAUGUUAUUGACGGUGUAAUAGAUACGGUUGAAACAUAUGAUUAUAAAUUAAAUCAAUGGUCGUAUACAACAUCAUUGCCAUUAAAAAUGGCUGGAUUUGGGUCCCGAGACCUUAGUCGACACACACAACCCGAGAUCUGUCCGACCGUAGAUCUCGCCGAAGACCGUCCGAUAAUAGCCUUCGCUGAGGACCAACUUCGAUUAGUCCUCAACAAUAUCACAGUCGACACAAUGAAGUAA